AAAAAUUGUGUUAUUCACUCCAGCCAAAAACAUUCAUCCAAACGACGCAUACUAUAUUCUUGCAGGCGGCUUUAUAAUACUUCUUAUACGAUUUUUAAAUUUUGGAUUUAUUAUCUACGGAACCCAAUGAGAUGUGCUGCAAUGCCAACCGCCAGAUAUUAUGCGUCUUUAUCGGAGUAUUGGCGAUACUGAUAGCAACAUUAUGUUUAGGAUUCACGUUUUACCGGCUAUGCACGACUGGUAUAAGCCAUUGGGAGGAGGCGUCUCUGGUAGCCUGGGUUUCCAUUAUUUUGGCAGCGAUACCUCUUAUUAUAGGAGCAAUAAAAGAAAUUCCCUAUCUUUUGGUGAUUUGGAUAGUAGUCGCAAUAAUUAGCGGUGUCUCUCUGCUAGUUAUUCAAAUAGAAAUAUUUAAAAGCUUUUUUAAUACGGACCCUGAUACAGCCUUUCAUAUUCUCGGUGGUAUGGUCAUUAUAGUUUUCGUAUUAUUGAUCAGCUGUUUUAUAUACUUCCCAUAUACAUAUGCGCGUGAGCUGGAAGGAGAUUAAUACGCAUAAAUUAAAUGAAUCUAAACAAGGUUUUUGUUUUACUUAUUUAUUUUGAACACAUAUUUUUACUGCUUUAGGGAUAUUUAUUGUAUGAUGCUAGUUGCUUCUAUCAGUAGAGGCAUAAACUGUAAUACACAGUGACUAGGACUUAAAUUUCAAACAAAAUUAUCAGAUUGAAACAAUUUUUUGUAUAUUUUAAUUGUUUAAAUCAAAUGUGGUUUCUUGUAGAUAUAUGUGUUAUACUUUA